AUGUCACCAGACUCUUCCCACCGUGGCACCGAAGAACCUCCUCCAGUCGAGCCUUUGAGUCCUGAAUCAAUCGUCAGUCGUCCUUCAUCUCCAAGGCUGUAUCGAUUUGAAUGGGCAAUAGAUCCACACGAUCCUACAAAACAUCUGAGCCCUCCCGAGGUUGUCAUUCGAAAUUGCUUGUUCGCAGUCGAGUUUCGAAUCUCAAGUCCAGAAGAUUUCAAACCAGAGGUCAACUUCUACGCCAGAGUCCUCCCAAAAUACAGUAAAGCAUUUCACCUAGGUCGCGAGCGCGUGACGACGAACAAAUGGGAGCGUACUGUACUUUUUAUCCCACGUGAAGGCGUUUAUGGUAUCGAUGUCCGGAUUAUCCCAGACUGUCCAGGGUACCUUACAGGGUUGGUGAAACAUCGGUAUCUGACUACUGUGUUCGAUGAAGGUGACGGGGUGCGCGCGCCACUUGGGGCCCUUGAGCAUCGAGUUCUCUUUGGCGAUGACCAAGGUCAGGUGCAAAACAUGGAGUCUACUGCAAAGUCAAACGGUCAGUGGGAAAUGGAAGACAUUAAAUCUCAGGCGAAUGCUGAUGUUUCAAAGAUGGAUGAUUUCUUCACAGAGUGGCUAGGAUUUAGCCCAGAACCUUAG